CCAGAGGGUGGGAGAUGCGUCCUUCUCCGAGACUGGGUCCCAUGUGGAUGCCCACGGCUCCGUGCGCUUUCACGUCCUUUCCUCUGAACAGGAUGGAUCCAGUGCCGUCUUCGGUCCGGCUCACUGUCCGGGAGGCUGUUCACACCCUUUCCUCUUCUGAGGAUGGUGGCUGCAUCUUCUCCACCCUGGGGUCCCUGAAGCGCUAUUUCGGAGGAACGGAGAACCCGGCCCUCCCUGGGGAGCAGGAGGAGUUUGCCAGGGUCCACUUUUCGGCCGUUCUCAGAUGUCUGGUCAGCAAGCUGAACCCGGACUGGCUGGGGCUGCUGCCCAAUGGCCAGUUGGAGGAGUUGUGGGCCAGCUUCUUCCUGGAGGGCCCAGCUGACCAAGCCUUCCUGGUGCUGAUGGAGGCCCUCGAGGACACGGCUGGUCCCAGUUUCCGUCUGAUGAAGAUGGCAAGGCUGCUGGCCCGGUUCCUGAAGGCGGGCAGGAUGGCUGCAGUCAUGGAGGGGCAGUGUCGGCAGCAGGCGGAGCCAGCCUUUCCUCGGCUCCAGGAGGCGCUCCUAAUCAAGGUGGUGGGCUUGCCCGACCGCCUGGGCAACUGCCUGCAGCAGGAGAACCUGGCUGAGUUCUUCCCUCAGAGCUACUUUCCUCUGCUCGGGGAGGAGGCUGUGCGGGUGCUGCAGGCGGUGGUGGACUCUCUCCGAGGCGGCUUAGACUGCUCUGUCUCCUUUGUGUCUCAGGUCGUGGGGAAAGCCUGUGUCUACGGGAGGCAGAAGGAGAUCCUGGGUGUGCUGGUGCCUCGGUUGACAGCACUCACCCAGGGCAGCUGCCUCUGGCAGCGGGUCUGCUGGCGCCUGGUGGAAUGCGUGCCCGACCGGGCCAUGGAGGCCGUGCUGACAGGGCUUGUGGAGACUGCCCCUGGGCCUCAAGUUCUCGCUCGACUGUUGGGAAACCUGGUUUUGAAGAGUAAGAAGGCCCGGUUUGUGAUGACCCAGAAGCUUCUGUUCCUGCAGUACCGAUACCCGACGCCUGUGCUGCAGAGCCUGCUGGGGUACCUGGCCAUGGACAGCCAACGGCGCCCACUCCUCGUACAGGCGCUGAAGGAGCUCAUGGAGACGUGGGGCAGCAGCAGCGCCGUCCGCCACGCACCCCUGGCCCAGCAGUGCUAUGUCAGCAAAGCUGUCUUAAUCUGCUUGGCGCACCUGGGGGACGCUGAGCUCCAGGACAGCCGGGACGAGUUGCUGGCCAGCCUAAUGGCAGGAGUGAAGUGCCGCCUGGACAGCAGUUUACCAGCCGUGCGCCGCCUGGGCAUGGUCGUGGCCGAGGUGGCCAGUGCCCGGAUCCACCCUGAGGGGCCUCCCCUGAAGUUCCAGUAUGAAGAGGAUGAACUGAGCUGCGAGAUGCUGGCCUUAGCCACCCCGCAGCCCGCUGCGGACAGCCCCUCGGAGGCGGGCUCCCCUGUCGCUCCAGUCGCUGCAGAGACCCCUGACAAACAGACUGUAGAGGCUGGAGUCCCGCAGGUGCGGCCACAGGGCUCUGACUCUGAGCUUGACAGCGAUGAUGAGUUUGUUCCCUAUGACAUGUCGGGGGACCAAGAGCUGAAGAGUGGCAAGAUGCCCAUGUACGUCCGGGACUGCGUGGAAGCCCUGACCACAUCCGAGGACUGGGAGCGCUGGGAGGCAGCCCUGCGGGCCCUUGAGGGGCUGGUCAUCAGGAACCCGGCUGCCACUCGGGAGGUGAGUGUGGAGCUAGCGCAGGUGCUCCUGCACCUGGAGGAGAAGACGAGCGUGGCGGGAUUUGAGGGGCUGCGCCAGAGAGCCCUGGUGGCCGUCACCGUCACAGACCCGGCCCGGGUGGCGGAGUAUCUGACCUCACAGUUCUACGCCAUCAACUACAGCCUCCGGCAGCGCAUGGACAUCCUGGACGUCCUGGCUCUGGCAGCCCAGGAGCUGUCUCGGCCUGGGCGCCUUGGGAGGACUUCCCAGCGUGGCUCUCCGGGCUCCACCUGCCCGCCCAGCUGCGCCGUGGCUCCCACCUGGCGGGCUGUGGUGGACGAGAGGAUCAGAAGGAAGACCCGGCGGUUCUCAAAGGGCUCUUCCAGGCAGGGACCAGCUGGCAGCCCCAAUGAAUUCAACUCCGUGGCUGGCUACUUCUUCUUCCCGCUCAUUCAGGGUUUUGACAGGCCUCUGGUGACCUUCGAUCUUCUGGGAGAUGACCAGUUGGUUCUCGGGAGACUGGCCCACACCUUAGGGGCCCUGAUGUACCUGGCUGUGAAUACCACGGUGGCGGUGUCCAUGGGCAAGGCUCUGCUGGAGUUCGUGUGGGCCCUUCGCUUCCACGGUGACACCUACGUGCGCCGCGGCUUGCUGUCUGCCGUCUCCUCCGUCCUCCUCAGCGUCCCGGCUGAGCGGCUGCUCGAAGACCUACCAGAUGAGCUGCUGGAAGCCCGGUCAUGGCUGGCAGACGUGGCUGAGAAGGACCCGGAUGAGGACUGCAGAAUGCUGGCCGUGAAGGCACUGCUGCUGCUGGAGAAACUCAAAGACAAGCUCCUCCCACUGUCUCCUCCUUAGUCCCUGGGCACCAUGCCCGCUGGAAGAAGGAAGGCCGGAGGGCCGAGCACGAGGCCCGCGGAGCCAGGCUGACGUGGGCUUUGUGGUGCAGCCCCUCGUGGGAUGGGCUGUCACCUGGUCCUGAGCGUGAGGCAGGAAGGCCCCGCCUGCGCUGUUUAUAGCCCAGAAGGUCAGAGUGCUCGGCCAGGAGUCCGCGCCAGGGCCUCUGGUACUGCCCCAACGACAGCACCCUGAACUCGGUGGGAGGCUCCCGGGGAGCUGGCUCUGCAGGUGGCGGCAGGGGCGGGGGAGGGGAGGGUGCUGCUGCUCAGGGCCUGGAUGUGCUCCAGUGGGAGCUGCUGGGAGCUGCCAAGAUCGGCAGAGCAGCGGGCUGCUGGGCCCCUGUGGGCUUCUUGGCAUUGUGUCCUCAACCCCUCUCCUCGCCUAACGGCAGGUUAUGUUAACAACAGAGAAGAAAGAAUAAAAAGGAGUUACAGGUGCUCAAACCCA